AUGCUGGUGGGAAACGCGGUGGUUGUGGCAUCUGCGGAUGCUAGUAAUCUACCACCUUGGCCGUUAUGCCAGAUCCUCAAGUGUCUCAAAGCCUCCUGCAAGGGUGACGGCAGCGUCAACAGGUGGGGAGGGGCUGUAUCAUGGGUUCGGGAAAUGGUGGAGAAGCUUGAUCUGAGUUGCUUCUGUGUGCCAGUCCUCAGGAGGCAUGACUUGAGAUACUUGACUGGUGCUCACAUACAAUCCAUCAUGUGCUACCCAGAGAAGGCCUUUGCUGUUUUAACAUCUACCCACAAGCACCCCGAGGUCUCCAGGAUCCAUGUUGUCAUGGUACGCCAUGGCGGCAAUAAGGGGACACCACAAACCCGUGGCAGCGUUGACGACAAACAACUUGGAUACACCCCCUUUGAUGAGACGUUGGGACUUUCUGUGAUCUUGAGACCCCAAGAAAAAGCUUAG